AGGUAAGACAUGACAGAAGAAAACCACACUGUGGUGACUGAGUUUAUCCUCACGGGACUCACAAAUCAUCCCACGCUGAAGGUUGUCUUGUUCCUACUGUUCCUUGUCAUUUACCUCAUCACCAUGGUGGGCAAUCUCGGACUGAUUGCUCUCAUCUGGAAGGACCCUCACCUUCACACCCCUAUGUAUUUAUUUCUCAGCAGUUUAGCCUUUGCUGACUCAUGUACUUCAUCCUCAGUGACUCCAAAAAUGCUUAUCAACUUUUUAUCUAAAAAUCAUGAGAUAUCGCUUGUUGAGUGCUUUGCUCAAUUUUAUUUUAUGGGCUCCAGUGCAACCACAGAAUGUUUUCUCCUGACUGUGAUGGCCUAUGACCGCUAUGUGGCCAUAUGCAACCCCUUGCUUUAUCCGGUGCUGAUGUCAAAUAGACUUUGCAUCCAGUUUAUAGCUGUGACAUAUUUACUUGGUGCUCUGCAUUUGGCAAUUCAUGUGGGUUUGCUACUGAGGCUGACUUUCUGCAGAUCCAACAUCCUACAAUAUUACUAUUGUGAAAUUUUACAACUUUUCAAUGUUUCUUGCAUUGAUCCUUCCAUUAACAUGUUUGUGCUUUUAAUCUUUUCAAUUUCUAUACAAGCCUUCACCUUUAUAAACAUCAUGGUCUCAUAUAUCCGUGUCCUCUUUGCCAUUCUGAAAAAGAAGUCUGAGAAGGGCAGAAGCAAAGCCUUGUCCACCUGCAGUGCCCACCUGCUCUCGGUCUCCUUGUUCUAUGGAACUCUUUUUCUCAUAUAUGUUUGCCCUGGGUCUGGACCAGUGGGAGACAAAGAGAAGAUGCUUUCUUUAUUUUACACAGUAAUAAUUCCCCUGCUCAAUCCAUUUGUUUACAGCCUGAGGAACAAAGAGGUUAUUGGUGCCUUUAGAAGAGUAGUAAGGAAAGAAUAA